AUGUGGCCACUCACCGUCUAUGAGGUCCCAAUAACAACAGUGGAGAAGAUGGAGCGAACCAUUACCUCAUACGUGAAGAAAUGGCUGGGUGUCCCACGAUGCCUGAGUAACAUCGGCCUCUAUGGCAAAGGGGUCCUUGAACUACCUCUUACAAGUCUAACGGAGGAGUACAAGUGCUCUAAAGUAAGACUUCAAAUGACAUUGAAGGACUCCAAAGACCAGACCAUUAGCAAGGCUGCACCUCCCCUACAAACUAGACGGAAAUGGACAUCAUCCAAGGCUGUGCAGCAAGCAACAUCAGCCCUGAGACACCAAGACAUUGUGGGGAAUAUCCAGCAUGGAAGAGGAGGCUUUGGCCUGGCAGCAAGCAAACCAACGUUCCAUAAGGCAACAACAUCUGAAUGCAGGAAGCUGGUGGUCGAGGAGGUGCGCAGACAGGAGGAGUCUGCAAGAAGUGCAAAGGCUGUCUCUCUUGCUAAACAAGGGCAAUGGACGCGGUGGGAAGGCCUGGAGAGGAGAAAGAUCAACUGUAGUGAGCUUUGGCAAAUGGAGGCAAGCAACAUCAGCUUCAUCAUAAGAGCUGUUUACGAUGUGCUUCCAUCACCAAAAAACCUACAUCAAUGGUAUGGCGAGGACCUGACCUGCCCCCUCUGCCCAGCUCCAGCGACUCACAGGCAUAUAAUGACAGGUUGCAAGACCAGCCUCUCACAAGGCCGCUACACCUGGAGGCACAAUCAGGUCCUCAAGAGCCUGGCUGCAGCACUUGAGACCAAGAGUUGUGCAACCAAUUCAUUACCUCCAAAAACAAGCAAUCCCGCCAAAACAACAACAUUCAUCCGGGAGGGACAGAAAAGGCCCAAGCAUCCUCCUACAAAGCCAGAAACUGGACACCUAGGCAUGGCCCGGGACUGGAAGAUGCUUGUCGAUAUUGGCAGGCAACUAAUUUUUCCACCUGAGAUUGCUUCUACCAACCUUAGGCCAGACAUGGUACUCUGGUCCCCUUCACGAAAGGCUGUGUACAUCAUAGAGCUCACAGUCCCGUGGGAAAACUCUGUUGAAGAGGCCUACGAGCGUAAGAAACUGCGUUACACAGAGUUGGCAGCAGACGCAACUCAGCGUGUCUGGAAUGCAAAAGUCUGGCCAGUUGAAGUGGGAUGCAGAGGAUUCGUGGCUUCUUCCACCAUCAGGUUGCUGAAAGAACUUGGAAUCCAUGGACAGGCUCUGCGGCAGACCGUCAGAGCAGUUUCUCAAGCAGCUGAAAGAGGCAGCCAGUGGAUCUGGAUCAAACGGAAGGACCCUUGCUGGGCUAUAACUUCAUGACCCCCCACCCCCACCUGAGAACCCAAUUCAGAUCCAUCCAACUUGAGGAGGGCAUAUGAGGUAUGUGGUCAGCUGUAGGGCUGGCUCAGGGAAGAGGACACCCCUGCCUUGCAUAGUCCCGUGGGAAAUCUUAAUUGGGCAUGGGACACAAGCUAAGGCUUGAUCACCCUUUAGCUGGCCACCUUUGAUGAGGGUGUUUAGUGAUUAAAGGCCGAAACACCCACUGAUUCGAAGGCACACUACUGAGGAUGUGUCCAAAAUUGACAUCUUAACCCAGUCUAAGAAAUAAACCUCCCAUGCCACUCUGUCAAUAUCACGGCAAAUCUCAUGUGAGUGCAUACCAUCUAUUGGCACAAUGGACAGUUUUAACAUCUCGUCCCGUGUUUUAUGAUUCUGCUCUCUCUAAUUCUUUCUUUCUUUCUCUCGGAGGACCUGAGCCCAAGG